CCGAAGUUCAAAGAAGCGACGUCACGUUCGUAUGAAUAAAAAAAUAACGAUUAUCUGCGGUAACCGUCGUGUAAAUGUCUAUUAACGGACCGGUCUGUGGUAAACAAGAAUGAAAUAUUAAAUUAUUAAAAUUUGUCACCUCUAAAGAGAAAGUCGGCGGUGUUUAGUUGAAACAACUCCGGCCGGUACAGUUCGCUAGCUAACGUUAUUUCCCCAGUGGUGCUAACUACUGCUAAGGCUAGCUAGCUAACUAGCUAACAGCCGUUGAGUGAAUUUAGGAGUUAUUUUCGACAAAAUGAGCAACACGGCAACAUUAUAUGGAUAUUUCACCUUCGUGGGAGAAAGAAGAACAGAGAUUGCCGUCAAACAAGCUGUUCAAAUCACUGGAUCUGUUAUUUGUGGAAAGGAAGAGACCUGUGCAGAUAAUUCAGCCCACAGCAGACACCUCCGGGACGUCUGAAGCACAAAAAGACUUUCCUACCUGAGACCUGAACUCUGCUGUUCCUUCAUUUGAAGAUAUCGAUGACAUGCGAUGGAGUCAACUCAACAACUACUCACAACAUCCCAGACGUGGCAUGACUGGUAUCUGGCAUCUAGACAGGUGAAUAGUUUCCCUUCCUUCCGAUAAGAACUUUUCCUCGUCAUUAACAUUGGGGAUAAAAGUACACUUUUGUUAAAGAUGUCAAAGCCCGCUGAUCACAUCAAGAGACCCAUGAACGCGUUCAUGGUCUGGUCCCGGGGCCAGAGGAGGAAAAUGGCACAGGAGAACCCCAAAAUGCACAACUCUGAGAUCAGCAAAAGACUGGGCGCCGAGUGGAAGCUGCUUUCCGAGUCUGAAAAGAGACCUUACAUCGACGAGGCCAAGAGGCUGCGGGCUCAGCACAUGAAGGAGCACCCCGACUACAAGUACAGACCCAGGCGCAAACCCAAAAACCUGCUCAAGAAGGACAGGUACGUUUUCCCUUUGCCUUACCUCGGGGACACCGACCACUUGAAGGGACUCCCGGUGUCGGCCGCGGACUCUCUGUUGAGCCACUCGGAGAAAGCCAGAGCGUUUCUGCCGCCGACCACCGCUCCGUACUCCUUCCUCGACCCGAGCCAGUUCAGCUCCAGCGCCAUCCAGAAGAUGACAGAGAUGCCGCACACGUUGAGCACCAGCACUUUGCCGUACGCGUCCUCGUUGGGAUACCAGAACGGCGCGUUCGGCACCCUUGGGUGCCCCAGUCAGCACACCCACACCCACCCGUCGCCCACAAACCCGGGCUAUGUCGUCCCGUGUAACUGCACGGCCUGGUCAGCGUCAAGUUUACAGCCCCCGGUGGCCUACAUACUUUUUCCAGGUAUGACCAAGACUGGGAUAGACCCAUAUUCAUCCGCACAUGCCACUGCCAUGUAACCCUAAAGACUCUUUUCUUUUUCUUUUUUCCUUUUUUUAAAUUCACUUGAAUACUGAAAUGCAUGUAAAUAUAUUAUGGACAGCGCGCCCCAUUAAAAGGCAUGAACAGUAUUAACUGCCUUGGACUUGUUAUGGCAAAAAAAUGAUUAAAAAAAAAGACAAACUUUUCCAGAAAUCCAACAAGUUCCUGAGCGGAGCAGAGGAGCUGGUGUAAAGGACGGUGCCCUGUGAACUGUAAGAAAUGUAAAUGUUAUAAUGGCAGCCAGAAAAGGAGGCCUUUAACUUUAUUUAUUGUGUACAUUUCAAUGCUGAUAUGCUGAUUUGUGUUGAUUAUUGAUAGGCUAACUCCUUUGAUUUAAACAAAUUUGGCUUGCACAAUUAGCAUUCUUAUUUCCUGUAUAGGCCUAAAGUAGUCUACAUUUUGGCACUCGUGAUUUUAUGAUGUUUGGAUAGGGUCAAAAUCAGGACCUAUAGGCUGGAUUAUAUACGGGUCAUAUUGUUUAUAUUUAUCAAAAACUGGCACAUAAAACCAGACGGUCUAUUUAAAGAUGACAAAAGAAAAGUCAUUGACAUCCAAAUGUUUUUUUAGUUUGCAUUUUUUUUCCUGUGGUUCAGUGCUAAUAUCGCGUCAUUUUUUGAUUUUUAUUAUUAUUAUUUUGUUAUUUCUAAGGAUAACUUCUAUUUGAAUUCAAGGAGUUAUAUGUGUAUUAUCAUCUAAGAUGGUAUUUUAAAAACCUGUCAUGUUAUGGAAAGGAUAAUGUAUCUAGAAGGUUGAUACCUCCUGCUCUUUGUUCAACUGCUGAGCAAAGGCAUUUCGAAUAAAGACAAUCUGUCUUCAACGCUAUCAA